CGGGGCGCGAGGGCUGCCCGCGCGCGUUCUGCUUCCGGUGCAAAAGGCCGGUCACGUGACGAGGCCGCGCCUCGUGCUCCGCGCACCACGCGCCCCGUCGCCCCGCGCGCGCCAUGAGCGACAUCGACGACGAGUUCGACAGCGACGAUGAUCAGUGCUCCAGGUUCCAGAACACGGCAGAUAAGCGGGCCCACCACAAUGCAUUGGAACGCAAGAGGAGAGACCACAUCAAAGAUAGCUUCCAUGGUCUGCGUGACUCCAUCCCCGCAAUUCAAGGGGAAAAGGUCUGUCACAGGGCCUCCCGUGCGCUGAUUCUCAACAAAGCGACGGAUUAUAUCCAGCACAUGAAACGCAGAAACAACUCUCACCAGCAAGACAUCGAUGACCUCAAAAAGCAGAACUCACUCCUAGAGCAACAAGUGCGAGCGCUGGAGAAGGCCAGAGUGUCAAAGCAGCAAGCUGGCACCUCGUCGCCCAGCGGCAGCUACGUUGGCCUGAAAGGGAGGGCGGCUUCUGCAGCGAUGUUGGAGGCAUCUUCCAGUUCCGACUCCGAGGCAGAGCCCAAGGAGCUCCAGAGCCGUAAGAAGCUGCGCACGGAGCCAAGCUGAUCGCCUUCAAAAUGUCCACAUGGUGGGAAAUUGUUAUUGUACCCACUAGCUCAAGUUAUGCUGGGGCCAAGGAAAAGGUGAUUUUUAAUUGAAACCUGGUAUUUUAUGAACACUCCCAUGUCCUUCUUUAACUUCAAAUUUAUUCUUCAGUUAAAUUCUUGUGUUUCUUUUUCAAAGCAAUACAGUUUUCUUGAUGCCGAUAAAGCUACUUGAAUAUCAGUCGUAGCUUUUACAAUUUAUAAAAAAAAAUAUUUGGCAUGAAGCCGUUGUAAACAGAUCUACAUAAUUUGGUGUGUUUUGGAUGGUGCAUGAAUGAUGUUUGUUUACAAAAGCUUUGGUUUUUUUUAUGCAGCCAUGUUUUGUGGUUAUAAAAAUGUAUUAACUUAAGUCCAUUCCUUCCCUUUGCUGUAUAUACUAUUCUUGUGGCAGCCUUCCUCCAUAGUCUUCUGUCCAGUUCAUCUCCAUUGAGAAAUAAGAUCAGCUGGGGGGAGAGCCAUGUUUUAGCUUCAUUUGGUUUCGUGGGGAUAAAGUGACUGAUCCGCAAUCAUGUCUCGCACACAUUUUGUUAAGAAGGACUCAACAACUCGCUGCCAAAAUUCUCUUGCAUUGUUCUGAAUUAUAUUUUGAUGUAUUUUACAUUAAAACAGCAUACGAGAUGAAAUUUAAAAAUAAAAGUAGUGUCCAUCUUA